AGGGCCAUUUUCAGAUUUUCUUUCUUUCUGUUUGUUCUUAUUUAUGAAAUGAUUUUUUUGAUGAAACGAAGAAAUAUUUUUGUCUGUUAUUUUUAUUGGAUGCGACAGGUAGACAGUUAAUUAUAAAUAUGAUGCACAUAUUUCAAUAUUAACCCCAUGAUUUUCAUGCGCACAAUAUUAUCUUGCAAAACAUGGUAGUAUGGUACCACCUAUUAAUUAAUCUUCUUCGUCUUCCUGCUGCUGCAUAUAAAUGUUGCAUUAGUGUUAUUUUCUUGAUACAAAAUUUUAAAAAUUUCCCAGAAUUUGUAUCAGUGGCACAUCUAGACGAUGAACACUGAAUAUGUGACAGAAUUUUUAGGAGGAGUUCCACUGCUUCAACGAUUACCCAGUUCAUCUUUAAGGAAAAUUGCUGAGGUUGUUAAAGUCAAACAUUUUGACAGCGGAGAGUAUGUUAUUCGUAAGGGAGAAAGUGGAGAUGGAGUGUAUUUUGUUUGGGAAGGGGAGGCUGAAGUUUGUGGAUAUUCAGAGGAAGAAAUUGGUCCAGAGUUUCUGCUAAAACGCUAUGACUAUUUUGGCAAUGGUGCCCCAACAUCUGAGCAACAGGCAGAUGUGAUUGCAUCAUCCAAGUUGACCUGCUUGGUGCUGCCUUCUGACCACUGUUAUUUGCUGUUGCCAAAAUCAAUUUGGAACGCUGAUGAAAGACAAGAGGCCUGUGCACCCGUAGAGAGCAUAUUGCACUUGGAUCCCAUUGAGAUGCUGGUAACAUCGAAUGCUUUACAAACCUUGGAAAAUUUGUACUCAUACCUCUUACAUUUAGAAAAAAUUGUAAACCUAUUUCAAGGAAUCACCUUGCCUGAUGCUCCAAAAUUUGGAAAGGUUUUUGGAGGACAAUUUAUGGGCCAGGCACUGGCUGCAGCUUCAAAAACUGUUGAUCGUCUAAAAAUUGUCCAUCAUGUGCAGGCUUAUUUCCUUCUUGUUGGAGACUAUGAUAUUCCAAUUAUAUAUCAAGUUCACCGCCUCCGUGAUGGGAAAAGCUUUUCCACUAGAAGAGUUGAUGCGAUACAAAAAGGAACUGUUGUUUUUACAUUGCUUGCGUCAUUUCAAGAAGAAGAUCAUGGGUUUGAGCACCAGGAAUCAGUUAUGCCCUCGGUGCCAGCUCCAGAAAUGCUACUAUCACUGGAAGAGGUUCGUGAACAACGUAUCAUCGAUCCUCGAUUUCCCAGGACCUACCGCAACAAAGUGGCCACGGCAAAGUUGGAUCCUUUGCCCAUGGAGUUACGAUUUUGCGAUCCAAAUACUUCCACUAGCCAGACGAAAAGCCCUGCAAAACUACGGUAUUGGUUAAGAGCCAAAGGGAAUUUAUCAGACGACCAAGCUUUGCAUAGAUGUGUUGUGGCAUUUGCUUCAGAUCUGUUGUUAAUUGAAGUAAGCUCCAAUCCUCACCGUAAGAGUGGCCGGAAGAUCAGUAUUUUUAGCUUGAAUCAUACGAUUUGGUUUCAUAGGCCUGUAAAAGCUGACGAUUGGUUAUUAUUUGUGAUGGAGAGUCCAUCAGCUCAUUCUCGACGUGGCCUGGUUGCAGGUCGUAUGUACAAUAGGAGUGGAGAGCUUAUUGUAUCACUUGUUCAAGAAGGUUUACUUAGGGAGGUCAGAAGACCAGGUACGCUGAUCAGAGCAAAAUACUGAAAUUCAGAGCCAGAGAUCUUGUUAUACGUCCUUGCCUGCAACCUUAUCUUGUGUACUAUAAGAAUGUAAAGGACAGAAGGACACAACCAUUGGAUUAUUAUUGCUAUUUUUGGUGUUUCAGAUUGCACUCUCUUCUCCAAUUUUCUGUAUCUACCAUUGGUUUGUAUAAUAACACAAUAAUGUGUCAUUGUACAAAGAUAUAUGUCACUUGGAACCAAGAUGACUUCAAUGA